AUGAAGUGAGUUCAUCGAUUCCAGGAGAAUCAUUCAGAGCUCGUUUAUUUAUGAAAAAAAAUAAUCUUCAUCUUUUUCUGAUUUAUAAAAGUUCUGGAGUAUGCGAUUUUUUUCUAAUUUUUCAAAGCAUGAUUUAUUUUCAAUCAAAAAAAUUAUGAAAUUUCAAAAAGCUUUUUCAUUGUAAUGAACAUAAUUGAUUUUUCGUUUCGUGAACUUUCCUCUUGAAAGCUCGGAAUUUUUCAUUACUCUGACUUUUUAAGUGCAGAAUAACAAAAAAAUUUCCAACAACUUUUUUUCACGAAAUAAAAAAACAAAUUCAGGGUUCUAUCAUUUCGUAUAAUUUCUGAUUAAGUUACGAAAAUUUUCGAAUUAUUUAUUUUUAACAAAGCCAAAAAAAUUUUUUUCAUCAAUAUUGAGAAAUUUUUAAGUCAAGAAGUUAAAAAAUGAAUGAAUAGGUAAAAAAAAUAGCCUUUAAACAAGUUUUUUGGAAGUUAUUCUAGAAAUUUUGGAUAUGAUAAAAAAUUGAAAAAAUUUUAAAGCUCAAUCAGUUUCGAAAUUCUUAUUAGUAUUGUUAAUUAAAAAAAAAAUAGAAAAAUCGGACUUGCUGGCAGAUUUGAACGUUCCAGCGGGAAGAAGGACAAAGGGUCAAACGGCGGCGGCGCGCGUUUUUCUCAGCGCGAAAAGGCCACGGAGGGCGACGUCGCAGCUACGCAGUCACUUUCCAUGUUGCUCCUCGCCUUGCGCUGUGAUUCGCUUGUUUCUCCGCUCAUUCCAUUCGCUGUUUCACAACUAUUAUAUCUUUUUCAGGUGUAUGCUCAAACGUUAAUCACUCCUAACAUCCUACUAAUGAAUUCUAACCUUACUACUAACAAGCUGAAAGGAAUCGACGCCUUCUGCGGCGAAAAAUAUUGGGUUCGUGGUUUUUAUUCUCACUUGAUAUUAUUGAAAUUUCUUCCGAAUUCAUUAAAUAUUUCAUUUACAGAGCCCGGAAAUAUGGAAAUCUCCUACGGUCCCGGUUCUCUCUUCCUGCUAUCAGCACACGACUUUGGUGUGGAUUCCUGCAGCCAUCGUCUUCAUUUUGGCGCCUAUCCUGACGGCGAAGAUUUUCUAUCGACGCCCGAAUCCUCUACCUUGGACCCAGCGGAUCAAGCUCAAAACGGUUAUUUUCUGGUUUAUGGGUUUUCAGCCGUCUCAGCCAGCAUUUUUUCUCUUAAAAGGAUGUUUUUUUAAAGAAAAUAACCAUUUUCAGGGUAUCGCAUGCAUUCUCAUAGCCGACUCUUUCUCGCUCUUCGUCCUGGCCAUCUACGAAACGAUGUUUGACGGAUUUCCCUACGCUGUGGAUUUCGUGUAUCCGUUGACCCUAUGCCUAGCCAUGGUAUGGUUGUACAUGCUAGCAGAGGUUUCAAUGCAAGAUUCUCAGAUCGUUCUCUGCGCGUUCAUCGUCGCUUGCCGCAACUACGGCCGCGUCACGUCGGGUGGUCUUUUCUUGUCCUGGCUCAUUUUCACUGUCUGUGGCGUUCCUGAGCUCAUGUACUGGUUCGAUCGCAUUUUUUACUCUGAAGGGGUGAGUUAAGGGAAGAAAACAAGAUCUUCUUGCAAAUAAAAAAAAAAUGGAAUCAAAGUAUCAUUCUCUCAUUUUUUGCAGAAGUUCUCCUGGUUCGACUACCCCCGCUGCGUCGCCUACUUGAUCUGGUGGCCUGGAUGUCUCGUCGAAACAAUUCUCCACUGCUUUGCUGACGUUUCUACAACCAACUACAAGCGCGUUUAUCACUGCAAGGUGCUCAUUCUGCCCACUCUACCCUUCGUGAACAACAAAACUUCAGAAUCCCAGCCCUGAAACUGAUUCGUCUUUUUUGAACCGCUUGACAAUGUACUGGUUCAAUGGAAUCUGCAUCAAGGGUGUCCAGAAACCUCUCGAAGUCAAUGAUCUGUACUCUUUGAACGAGGCUGAUACUUCCAUGGUUCUGGUGCCAAAGUGGUUCCGCACGUGGGACAAGGCUAUGAAAGGUCAAUCAGACUUUUUACCGUGAACAGCCUAGGAUUUUCUAGGUUUCAAUGGAAGCAGAAAUGCGUCUCGAAGAAGUACAAACUCGGAACGCCCUCGUUCUUCUUCCAAUGACCAGACCCCCCUUCUCGACGAUUCCCAGGCGCCGAUGGUGAAUACUUUGUUUCAAUAUUUAUGAGACAAACUGAGAAGUAUAAAAAGAAGACUAUUUCAGGACGACUACGGCUCGUUGCCUCAUUCUGCUCCCACUCCAAGACCGCCUUCUAUCAUUUGGUGUCUCUUCCUGAUGUUCAAAUGGGAUAUCAUCACGGCCAUGAUCUUCAAACUCAUCAGUGAUCUCCUAUCCUUUUGCAACCCCCUUCUCUUGAAGUAAAACUAUUCCGAAGAAUUCAAAAAACAAAAAAAUUUCAGAUCCCUCAUCAAGUUCACGGAGGAUCUCGAACAGCCGCUUUGGCAAGGUGUGCUUCUUGCUGUGACGAUGUUCAUGACGUCGGAACUGUCGUCUCUGCUUCUUUCCCACUAUUUCUACCUGAUGUAUCGCGUUGGAACCCGUGUUCAGACAUGUCUCACCGCCGCGGUGUACAAGAAGGUCCGGAAAUCCAAUAACCUAGUAGAUUGCUUUUUUUCAGACGUUGCGCUUGUCUAAUGCUGCUCGACGGGAAAAAACGGCUGGGGAAAUCGUGAAUCUCAUGGCUAUUGAUAUCGAUCGAUUCCAGCAAAUCACCCCUCAAACUAUGCAAUAUUGGUCUAACCCGCUGCAGGUUCUACGCCAAGAAAUGCAGUAAAGAAAAUAGAAAAGUUCAGAUUGGCAUCGCUCUUUUCUUACUGUACAAACAGCUCGGCGUCUCGGUUUUCAGUGGCGUUGGAGUCAUGAUUCUUCUUUUCCCAAUCAAUUUUGUGAUAACUAUGGUUAUUCGCAAUUGGCAGGUUUUUUAUGGAACGAAAAAUAUUUUUUCACAAGUCUCAAUUAAGAUGGAGCAAAUGUAUUACAAAGACGAGAGAACGAAAAUGGUGAAUGAAGUACUGAAUGGAAUCAAGGUUAAAACAUAGUUUUUCGAAAAGUUUUGAUGAAAUCCGUUCAGGUGAUCAAACUGUACGCUUGGGAGCCACCAAUGGAACAAGUAAUCAAUAACUUGCGAGAGAAGGAGCUGGGAUUGAUCAAAAGGGCGGCUUGUUUGAGAUCUUUCUCGGAUAUGUUGAACUGCGCCUCUCCUUUUUUGGUGAGAAACAAAAAAGUAUUAUAUCAAACAGGUGAUUUUCAGGUUGCUCUUUCCACUUUUGCCACAUUCGUUUAUGUGGACGUCAAUAACGUUCUGACCCCGCAAAUCGCGUUUGUAUCGUUGACGCUCUUCAAUCAAUUACGAUCUCCGAUGUCCCAAGUUGCUGAGUUGAUUACCCAAACAGUUCAGGUAAGGCUAAACUAGAAGGUUGGGAAACCAAAUGCUUUUUUCAGGUUUACGUCUCCAAUGAACGACUCAAGGAUUUUCUCGUCGCUGAGGAGCUAUCCACUUCCACCAUCCAAAAUGCUGCAAGAGAUAGUUAGCUGGUUCGAUUGAUUCUCUAGUAAAUGUUCACAUCAGAUGAUGACGUCAUCAAUGUGUCAAACGCCACACUUACUUGGGACGCCACCGAACCUACUUCAUCUUCACUGACAAAUUUGAACUUUUCCGUUCAAAGAGGACAGUUGAUCACAGUUGUCGGUAGAGUCGGCUCCGGCAAGACUUCUCUCCUGCAGGCCCUCUUAGGUGGAUACUUUCUACAAUGAUCAGGAAAAGUUCGAAGUUACAGGUGAAAUGGAGAAAGUAUCGGGAUCUGUCGCCAUGCAUGGUCGUGUCUCAUACGUUCCUCAGCAAGCUUGGAUGCAGAACAACACGCUACGAAACAAUAUCACCUUUGGGAAACAGUCAGAAAACUAUCCAGAAAAAAAAAACUGAAAUGUUUGCAGAUAUGACGAGUACUUUUAUUCCCGAGUACUCGACGCGUGUGCUUUGUACAGCGAUCUGCAAAUGCUUCCACUGGGAGAUAUGACGGAAAUCGGAGAGAAGGUUGAUUUGAAACUAUGAAACUCAAGGAAACUCCGUUUUUAGGGCAUCAACCUCUCUGGAGGUCAGAAGGCUAGAAUUUCUCUGGCUCGUUCUGUUUACCAAAAUCACGAUAUCUACUUGCUUGAUGAUCCAAUGAGCGCUGUCGAUGCCCAUGUUGGAGCUCAGGUGCCUUGAGGCAAAUAUACUUUUGAUCAAUGUUUCUCCAGCUCUUCAACUCUGUUAUUGGACCUGAAGGAAUGCUGCGCAACAAGACCAGAAUUCUCGUAACCAAUGAGCUUUCCUUCUUGAAACGGUCGGAUCUCAUUUUGGUCCUGAAAGGUUCCAACUUUUCAAUUUUCGCGAACUCAUUUUGUGAAACUCAGAUGGUCAAAUUGAAAGCGAGGGUAGCUAUGUGGAGUUAAUGCAGCAAGGAGCCUUGGAACAACUUCUGAUCGAAUGCGAAGAGGAAGAACAGGAAAGGAGACGUUUGGCUUCUCAGAGUGAGGAAGAAGAGACUAGUGAACCUGGCGGAAGUAAGAGAGCAGUUCAUAUAAAAAAAGUAACUGAUUUUCAGUUUCAAUCCCUGGAGCGGACUCUGAGGAAUAUGACGACGAUGACGACGCUUCUCCUUUCUUCGAUCAUGUGAGGGUUAUUUUCCGUACAGAAAAAACGGAAGAAACUUCAGGUCUUGGGCACCUCCCACAUGUCUACCGUGUCUGGCAUCAUUUCCAGAAGGAGAGUCAGCACUUCCAACUACAAAAGACAAAACCAACGACGUCGUCUGUCAACCGUCAAAAAUGCUCCUUCUGACGUUACCUCUACCACGAGACAAUUGACAACGGCUGAGCGUGUUGAAACUGGCAGGGUGAAUCGAAGACAAGCGUUGAAUUUUUGAAAAUCUAGAUUUUUAGGUUAAAUACGACACCUAUUUCAAUUACUUCAGUGCAAUGGGCGUGAACAUCGUCGUACUUUUUGUCGCCGGAUUAACAUUGAGUACCGUCGUUUCAGUUGCUAGAAACCUCUGGCUCACUGACUGGUUUUUCUCAAUUUGAAUGAAAAAAGUCAAAAAAAGUUUUUAGGUCCAAUGAUAAUGCACACGCUUCUUACCAUAAUGUCAGCGGCAAAUCUUCUGUCGAAGUCCGUCUGAGUGUUUACGCGGCGAUGGGAUUCAGUGAAAGUGAGAAGAUGAUCCAGCUCUCAAAAACUUCAAAUUAUUUGCAGUUGGCUUCCUCUUUGUUGGAAUGCUCUCUCUGCUGUUCGGAGGAGUUUCGGCAUCCAGAAAUUUGCAUACGCCUUUGAUGUUUGCAUUGUUCCGUGCUCCAAUGAGCUUUUUUGACACGACGCCUUUUGGAAGAAUUUUGAACCGCAUUGGAAAAGUGUCUGACUUAGGAAAACAAAGAAAAUGGUUUUUUUUACAGGAUAUGGAAACGGUGGACAUUUUGCUUCCCUUCAACGUCCAAUUUUUCGCUCAAUGUGUCCUCCAAGUUCUUUCGACACUCGCAGUGAUUAUGAUAUCAACUCCAGUGUUUGGAAUAGUAAUAAUACCGUUGGCGGUUAUGUACCUUAUGGUCAUGGUAAGUGAUAUAUCAUUUAAAAAAAGAUGAACUUUGAUUUUAGCGUUACUACAUCGCUACUUCUCGGCAGUUGAAGCGUCUUGAGUCUAUAACUCGCUCUCCAAUCUACAGUCACCUCGGCGAAUCAAUUCAAGUACAAAAUUCGUAGAAGUCACAAUGAAGGAGGAACAACUUUCAGGGCUCUGCCACAGUUCGCGCUUAUCAUCUUGUAGACCGAUUCUGCAAGCUAUCUGAAGGAAAAGUGGACAAUCACGUUCAGGUAAAAAAUCUCAGAACUAAUUCCUUGAGUUUCUUUUUUCAGUGUCGUUAUUUGAACUACAUUGCGAAUCGUUGGCUGUCGGUCCGACUGGAGUUCAUUGGAAACUGUAUCGUCCUGUUCGCCGCGUUGUUCGCCGCACUUACCCGUUUCACAACGACGUCUGGAGUCAUUGGCCUCUCCGUGUCCUACGCAUUGAACGUGAGAAAAUCUAAGUUUAUGGAAAAUAUAAUUGGGUCUCAGAUCACCACGGUUCUCAACUUCGCAGUUCGGCAAAUCACCAAACUUGAAACGAAUAUUGUGUCCGUCGAACGUGUAAAAGAAUACAGCGAGACUCCGUCGGAAGCCAGUUGGCAUGCUGAUGAACAGCGUAAACCUCCAAGCGACUGGCCCACUCAAGGAUGCAUCAAACUGAAGAACUAUUCUACUCGGUAAAACUUGAACAGAACUUGAUUAUUGACUAAAAAAACGGGCUUUUUUGAAGCCAGUUCCAAAUAAACCUGAUAAUCAAGAUAAUUCCAUCUUAUUAAGGUACCGUCCGGGUCUUUCUCUGGUCGUUAAACAACUCAACGCAGAAAUCGGCCCUCAUGAGAAGAUCGGAAUUGUUGGACGUACUGGAGCCGGUUUGAUGAUGACCGGAGGAUUUUCAACUUGGCAAAUUUUAGGAAAAUCAUCAGUUACCCUCUCGCUUUUCCGAAUCAUCGAAGCCGCCGAGGGCAACAUAAUCAUCGACGGAAUCAAUAUUGCUGAUAUCGGCUUGCACGAUCUCCGAUCUUUCCUCACCAUCAUUCCCCAAGAUCCGGUUCUGUUCUCCGGCACUUUGAGGUACAAGCUCUCAGGCUCUUCUCGUCAUAAGAAUUUGUUCAGAUUCAACCUGGAUCCUUUCAAUCGAUACUCCGACGACGAGAUUUGGAGAGCAGUUGAAUUGGCGAACCUCAAGCCUUUUGCAAUGGCGCAAACGGCCAAGUUGGAUCACGUCAUCACUGAAGGAGGCGAAAAUAUCAGGUCAUUUUGUAUUCUUAAUAGUUUGAAAAAAUUUAUAUGGAUCAUCAUAUGGGAAAAACUCAUCUGUUGGAUUGUCUUUUGAGCAAAUAAAAAAAGAAACACUAGUUCUACAGAAAUUCUCACUCUCUAUGGUUUCAGUGUGGGACAGAGGCAACUUGUGUGCCUUGCCCGGGCACUUCUGCGGAAGACACGCGUUCUGAUCUUGGACGAGGCGACGGCUGCAGUUGACGUUUCGACGGACGCACUCAUCCAGAGGGCCAUUCGAACAGAGUUCGCUACUUCCACUGUCCUCACUAUUGCUCAUCGACUAAACACCAUCAUGGACUAUGACAGGUAAACCACAUUCCCGAAAAUCGAAAAAAAAAAACAAAAAUAUUCUUAGUCGCUUCCUUUUUUAAACUCCUCAAUUUUCAGAAUAGUCGUGCUCAGUGAAGGUCGGAUUUGCGAGUUCGACAGCCCUCAGGCUCUUCUUGCCAACCACAACUCCGAGUUCUACUCAAUGGCCAGAAAAGCCGGUCUCGUCUAG